AUGAUACCACUAUUCGACCACUUGGAACUUACUCUUUCGGCGGCAACUUUCCCAACAGAGAACGAAAGAGAGCAGAAAAUAGUAAGAUUAUUGGUUUGUACAGGCGAUCAAUGGCACAAGACACGGAAAUUAGUAAAUCCGGCUUACCGAUCAUCUGUUGUGAAAUCAUUUGAUGACAAUUUUGUUCAUUAUGGUAAAAUAUUUAUAGACCGGCUAAAGGAACACGCCAAUGGAGACUUGUGCGAUAUUUUCCCUCUCGUACAUCUAUGCUUUAUUGAUUUCAUUUGUGCGAACAUGUCACAAACUCACGUGGAUUUCCAAAAACAUAAUUUUUACUUGGUUUCGCACUCAAUGACAAAAACGGCGGAGAUGAUUUUUGAGAGGAUGUUUUCACCGUUAUUGUGGCCGGAUUUCUUGUACAAGAUUAGUGGAAAGCAGAGACUGUUCGAAAAGUAUUAUUCUGAAGGAUUACUAUUUGUGCGUAUGAUAAUACAGCUGCGAAUGAAGGCCAGAAAAAAGAUGGAAAUUGCCGGUUUGAAUCCAGAAAAAUCGCAAGUGAUCAUUGACAUUUUACUGGACAAUUUUGACAUGGGGCUGUUAACCGAGGACCGCGUUUUUGCAGAAUGCAGUGAAGUGGCAACAGCUGGUUCCUUAAGCGUAGCGAUCACGAGCUCGUGGAUAUUCAAGAUGGUGGCGAUGUUUCCCGAGAUUCAAGACAGAGCCUACAAAGAAAUCUCGGAAAACUGUAAGAGAGAGAUGGUGAUGCCCGAAGAACUCUCCCAGCUUCAUUACGUUGAGAUGAUCAUCAAAGAAACACUGAGACUCUUCAGCGUCCCUGCCACAGGACGAAAAAUUACUGAGGAUCUUCGGGUGAAUGAUAAGUUUAAAAUACCAGCAGGAGUGGACGUAUGGCUGAGCAUUUACGCUAUACAUCACGAUGCAGAGCUGUGGGAACGACCAGGAGAAUUUUAUCCUGAGCAUUUCACACCAGCAAAAGAAAAGAGCAGGCCAAAAGGAGCGUUCAUCCCUUUCUUAAGUGGUCCCAGAAUUUGCCCAGGAAACCUAUAUGCCAUGCGGUCAAUAAAAUUUCUCGUUGCCAACACUUUGCUCCGGUACAAGUUUUCGACUGAUGAGAAACCCCCAGAUGAUAUGAGAAACAUGGACUACAAACUCGUAUUCUUGAUGUGGCCCAUGUCUGGAUUCAAUUUGCGGAUUGAACAAAGAUGAAUAUUCAUAGGCGCUAACCUGCUGCGGACCUUGAGAUAUUAGGUUCUAUGUAUCUGUGAUACCUAUUCAGGGAAGGUAUGACCGUUACAUCUCAUGGAGACCUCACGGGAUGAAAAAAAAAUUAAAUAAAUGAAUAGAGGAAAA